AUUUGAGGAAGGUCUCAAAAUGAAGUUCAUCCUGUAUUCCGGUUUGUUUCUCGCCUUUGCCUCAGCGACUUUGGCUGCCGUAUCGACCCCGGUGGCCACUCAGCUCCAGGCAACACUGCAGACCUUCGAGGGAUGUGGCUUCAAGGUAAGCAACUUCUUGGAUAAUAACGCCAAAACUAUUUCCGUGCUAGCGGGUCCGAAAGUUGCCCAGUACUGUGGGGAAGUGAGCGAUUCCAUUGCCAUAAUCAAUGCAACGAUCUAUGGUGGCUGGGAAAAGUUGAUAGCGGCGGCAACCGACGUUCAGUUCACCGCAAUCGGAAAGAACAUCAAGACUCUGUCGGAUGCUACCUGUAAGCUAAAUGUCGACGUGGCCGCAGCUGUCAAGGCAAAGUCGCUGCCGCUCUUCAAGACCACGGUGUCUGUUUACAUCAAAUCGUGUGCCCUUGCCACCGGCAAUUUGAUAGACAAUCUGAACAAAAUUGGGACCGAUGAAGCAAAGGAUAUUAGCGAAGAAGUUGACGAUCUGUUAUAUAUCGCCGCGAAGCUGAAGAAAGCAUUGAGUAUUUGAGGAGUUUGUAUCCGUAG